CCCCACGCUUCCCUUUUCCGGUUGUAGCGCCUCGCGGUGAGCAUCGCCAUAGUUCGGCCGCAGCCAUGCCGUCCAAGGGCCCGCUACAGUCCGUUCAGGUCUUCGGACGGAAGAAGACAGCCACCGCCGUGGCCCACUGCAAACGGGGCAACGGGCUUAUCAAGGUGAACGGGAGGCCGCUGGAGAUGAUCGAGCCGCGCACGCUGCAGUACAAGCUGCUGGAGCCUGUCCUGCUCCUUGGCAAGGAGCGCUUUGCUGGCGUGGACAUCCGGGUCCGAGUGAAGGGUGGCGGUCACGUGGCUCAGAUUUAUGGUGAGUCCCGGAACUGGGCACCUGGGUGCGAGGUGGCCCCGGGAGAAGCCCUGGUAAAACGUAAAGCCGUUUUGUUGUGUGUGUCUUCCCCACAGCGAUCCGCCAGUCCAUCUCCAAAGCCCUGGUGGCCUAUUACCAGAAAUAUGUGGAUGAGGCGUCCAAGAAGGAGAUCAAAGACAUCCUCAUCCAGUACGACCGCACCCUGCUGGUCGCUGACCCCCGCCGCUGCGAGUCCAAAAAGUUUGGAGGCCCCGGUGCCCGUGCUCGCUACCAGAAAUCCUACCGAUAAGCCCAUCACCCCGAUCAGGGGUCGGCUCCAUAAUAAACAGUGGUUGUGGGAUUUUAAAUUUCUAAGAACUUCACUGUGGUUCUCUGUAAUUGUGGGUCUGUGGACAGAGUUCACAAAACAGUCCUAGCCUGUUCCCAGAAGUGACCAUUCUGGGCUUACGUGGAUGGAGGGGGGGUUGUCGGGAGCAGGCCUGGUCUCUGUGCACCUCUGGUCCAGUCCUGUGCCAAGGUGGGUGUGUGCGUUGUCCUUUGGGUUUUUUUCAGUCCCUCUGCUGCUGUUGGAAUGGCACGUGUGGGAAGAACGUAGGAAAUACAGACAAUAAUUGAAGAUGGG